ACAAUUGGGAGGCGAAGGCCGAUGCCCUUACACGUGAGACAAGCGACCUGACUCAUGACUUUUUUUUUGGACAAAUCAGGCAGCCACUGAUUCCCUUCAUUAUGGCCUCUGCUUUACCUCUGAGCAAUCAGUGUGAUCAAUUCCUGUGUUGCAUCCUUUGCCUGGGCGGUGGCGCUCCGCACGGCCGAAGCUGGGCGUGGUCCAGAUGACUUUGGAUCCCAGUUGGCGCCCCCAGGGGUAGCAAGCAGAAUAGUUGGGGCAAACGUGCCUGCGGCAAUCCGCCCGAAGCCUUUAGUCUCUCUCGGGCUUCCGUCCGCCCCCUCCCCUGCGUUCCCAUUGGCUGUAGCGCCGGCCCAGUAAAGGGAGCAAGUGGGCGGGGCCGCGUGGCGUCAGCGCAAGAUGGCGGCCUCGGCAGUGCUGUUCUCGCGCUUGCGGAGCGGGCUCCGGCUAGGCUCGCGGGGACUGUGCACGAGGUUGGCGACGCCACCCCCCCGGGCUCCAGAUCAGGUCGCCGAGAUCGGGAGCCGCGGGGGCACUCAGGCACAGGGGCCACAGCAGCAGCCGGGCUCGGAGGGUCCCAGCUAUGCCAAAAAAGUUGCUCUCUGGCUUGCUGGGCUGCUUGGAGCUGGUGGGACCGUGAGCGUUGUCUAUAUCUUUGGAAACAACUCUGUGGACGAAAAAGGUGCCAAGAUUCCUGAUGAAUUCGACAAUGAUCCAAUUCUGGUACAGCAGUUGCGCCGGACAUACAAAUAUUUCAAAGAUUACAGACAGAUGAUCAUCGAGCCCACCAGCCCUUGCCUUCUCCCAGACCCUCUGCAGGAGCCGUACUACCAGCCGCCCUAUACACUCGUUUUGGAGCUCACUGGCGUCCUCUUGCAUCCUGAGUGGUCGCUGGCCACUGGCUGGCGGUUUAAGAAGCGCCCAGGCAUCGAGACCCUGUUCCAGCAGCUUGCCCCUUUAUAUGAAAUUGUCAUCUUUACGUCGGAGACUGGCAUGACUGCGUUUCCACUCAUUGACAGCGUGGACCCCCACGGCUUCAUCUCCUACCGCCUAUUCCGGGACGCCACGAGAUACAUGGAUGGGCACCAUGUUAAGGACAUUUCGUGUCUCAAUCGGGACCCAGCUCGAGUAGUCGUUGUGGACUGUAAGAAGGAAGCCUUCCGCCUGCAGCCCUAUAACGGCGUCGCCCUGAGGCCCUGGGAUGGCAACUCUGAUGACCGGGUCUUGUUGGACCUGUCAGCCUUUCUCAAGACCAUUGCACUGAACGGUGUGGAGGACGUGCGGACUGUGCUGGAGCACUACGCCCUGGAGGACGACCCGCUGGCGGCUUUCAAACAGCGGCAAAGCCGGCUAGAGCAGGAGGAGCAGCAGCGCCUGGCCGAGCUCUCCAAGUCCAACAAGCAGAACCUCUUCUUCAGCUCCCUCACCAGCCGCUUGUGGCCUCGCUCCAAACAGCCCUGACCUCUGGGCCUCCUCAAACUCAGUGCCUAGGUCCAGGGCCCCAGAGCUUCCAGACCAAGACUUGGGCCACCACUUGUCCAAUAAAGUACAUCCCAGACGCCACACCUGCUGUGUCUGGAAAGUCUCCAGAUGGGGGCAUCGGGGUGUGGUCCGGGACUCGGGUCACCGUCCCACCGUGGCUGAUCGGCUGUCAAGCACAGAGGGGUGCUUUGUUGGAUCAGAGCUGAUUGUUAACCCUGGUCUGAGAAUCUGAAAACCCUCAGCUGUGUCUUCCUGUGUGCUGUGUGAUCUGUAAAAAAUACAUCUCCCUCUCUGA